CCUCACUGCCACGAGGUUGUAAACAUAACUUUUUGAAACUUUUUUUUCUUGCAGUUUUCGUGUCUUCUGUUCUGAUUUGGGAGAACUUCACUAAGCAACGGACGACUCGGUAUGUUUAUAGAUUUCCAUCGCCUUUCAGAGGUUGCGAAAGGACAAAGAGUGUAAGCCUUUAUUUUUAGUCCCAUCAUCAUGUAUUAACCGCAGCCUAACGAACUGAAUUUGUGGACAAAAUGUUGGUCACUUCCUAGCGCAUGUGCUCUGCUCCUGCGAAGUUUAUGUCAGCCAGGCGCCUUAUGACACGCUGCCAGCGAACCGAUCGAAGGCUGUAGUUUGUAGACACCAGAAGAGUUUAUUUGACAUUUUCCUGACGUGGUGGGGCAUUUUCGUGGAAGAAGAUGCGACUCGUAUGUAGGACCGGACUUCACGGCCUGUUGGUUUACUGUCAUCAAACCGGACAUUGACUUCGUUGGUCUUUGUGCAGAUCUUGACCGUGAGAUCGAAGAAGCACGUGCAUUUGUUGUCCCACAUUGCUGGCAGGAUAUAACGGGUGUCUAUUGCAACAGGUGGUUUUAAGCGAUCUUUUAGCACCUCAUAUGACUUAAAAUGUAUUUUAAUAUAAUGAUAAAAAAAUGAAUUUAUAUUGCUAAAAACGUAAAUAUACCUACUGAAAACUGUGAUCAUUUUAAAAAGUUAUUGUGAGUUACAAAAUAGUUAGUUUUUAAUGUUAGAUAUAUAGAAAAAUAAUAAAUGAAUCAAUGUAAGUUUAUUAAAAAUCAUCUAUUUGACAAAAAGAAUCUCAGUUAUUGUUACAAUCAAAUGUGAGCAAAGAAAUACAAAGUGCUAAAUUAAUUUUGGUCUUCUGACUUAUUUUCAUAGGAAAAAAAGGACUAUGAUUUAGCUAUUAAAAUAAAUUAUUCCCAUAGUAUGGGAGAUGUGUUGACUCCAAAAAGGCAGACAGUUGUUGAUCGCCUGAAACGAAGGUUUGACCUUUACCGUAGACACCAAAAUGAUUGUGUGCCAAGAUAUGAACAAGCUGCUAAUUGUCUUUAUGAAAACCAAAGGCAAGACACCAUUGUUUUAAAACAGAGAUUUCUUGAAUCAAAAGCUAAAAAGGCCAAAAGUAAAAAUGACCAUCAUCGAACUUAUAAAGAUACUGUUUCAGAUGGUUCAAAAACUCAAUUGCACUCCAAGCCUUUGAAAAGAAGUGCCGAUGAUUCUAUUCCUAAUACAACUUCCGAAACAACGGGUAAUGAAGACUCUGAAAAGGCAUCCAAAAUACAACGGGUGGAAACGGUGGCGGACAAGACUUCAGUUCCGGAUCUAUUGCAGCCCCAGCAGACGAACCAACAGUCCAUCAUGCCCACAUUUUCCGUGCAAAUCGUGCAACAAUUCUCCCAAUCUCCUCUUCAUCAAACAUCACAAACUAUUCAAACCAAUGUCACAGUUCAGCAGACAUUGCCCAAACCUCAGACACCCCAGUCUGUUGCGAACAACCCCAAACAACCAGAUCCGCCAGCUUCAGCUCAAGAAGACAUGCUUCAAACAGCAGCAUCUUCUAUGGGGAGUAUUGUCCCUAACAUCGAAUGCAAGCAAGAACAGGACACUGGGGAGCCAGAUCUGUGCCAGUAUAAAAACAAUAGCCAAGCUUCGAACAACAGUGGAGGAAGUGUUGGAGAUCGCCUGUCCGAUACUUUCCCCAGUAUAGAAUUCACUGACGAAUCAGGCGAAAAUGUGAUUCAUCCAGAUCUUCUCAAUGAUCUUAUUGAGGAUGUGUUCACCAACUCUGGGGAUAUCAUGAAGGAUUUCAAUUUUGAGGAUAGUGUAGGAAGUUUGAAGGACCAAGAGGACACUUCAAAAGACAUUAUGGAUUUUGUGAAGGGAACUUCCCCUAAUCCAUUGAAAUCAUUCCAAACCGAUAGUCUGUCUUUUGUUAACACGCCAACAAACACGCAUUCGCCUAAUGGUAUGUUCCGAAACAUUCCAGUGACCAGUGAAACCCCCAUCAGCUCAGUAUCGCCAUCGCCUGUCACUACAACGUCCUCCUUCUUCAACACUGCUGCAACUCAAAGACUGCCCACGUUCUCCAAUUCUGCGAGUAGACCCUUGCCCAAUGGACUCGGUUUGGAAUUCAAGCUGACAGAACCCAGUCCCGCUGCUCUAACACUGAAGCAGAUGGCUGAACAGCAUCAGAAUAUGCAACAAAAACAGCAACAACAGCAGCAGUUGGUCAGUCCAUCUAUUACAAACAGACCUCAGCCUUUUAACCAGAACACUUUCAACCCUCAUAUGAAUUCUCUUCGACCCAGCUUUAUUAAUGGACCCACUCCAACCAUUCAGAACAGCAGUCCGAAGAUGCAGAAUUCUAACUCGAAUCUCUUCAGCACUUUCGACCUUACCCUUAACAACUUUCCUGGUGACGAAUCAUCAUCUACUUACCCUGGUUGUGAUCCCAUCAGCCCCAACAACAUGUUUUCGCCGGAAAUGCGGCCAAGAAAUUCUACUGGUAUCGUGGAUCCCUUGCAGAUGAAGAUGGCUGGUCAUCCCAUAGAACAACAGCAAAACCCUCCUGCUUAUGGUGCUACUCGACCAUUGACCCACUUUGCCGACAAUUCUUCCGUCAGGCAUCAGAGUUUGGUUAACAGUCAGCAACAGCAGCAGCAACAACAACAACCACAACACCCAAUCGGUAGACAAUUCCAGAGCAAUCCUGGAAUGCAGAUGCAGAUGAAUCAGGUUCAACAAAUGCAACCAAGGCAGCAAAAUCCACAGCAACUCCAGCAAAAUCCACGAGACAUAAAGCAGCAGCAACAACAACAACAACAUUCUGUAAUGCAGCAGCAUUUGAAUGUAUAUAGAAAUUAUGCACCUCAGCAGCCUGUUAGCAACCCAACAUAUCAUGUAUCCAUGUCUCAGUCGCUUACUUUCUCAGCUCCAUUCAACACAAACACCAGCAUUAACAGACCUCCUCCAGAGUACAAAGCAGCCCAUCAUCGCAAUGUCAUGCCUGAAAACAUGCAUCUAGUUGAACAACUAAAUGCACCUUCGCAAGUCUUGUUCAACCAGACUACUAAGAACAAGUAUUCUAAGCAGCAGCCGCAAAGACCUCCAAAUGUGACCAUAACUCCUGAUGGCUCUGCUAUUAGCUCUUCACAUGAUUGGAGGAACAGUGUUAUGAACAAUAGCAAUCAACAACAACAGAAUCAAUUUCGAAUGAGCCCUUUUUCGACACAAGACAGCUAUAAUAAUCUUAAUGCAAAUGGACCAACAAAUGUCACUGUUCCAUUGUCUCCUAUGUAUAAUCAAUAUAGAAUGCCUGGCAAUCAGAAUAUGCCUAAUCGAUUGGUAAGGCCAAACAGAAUACCUCAAGGUCCCAUGAUAAUGCAGCAGAGGCAAAGGAUGAUGAUUCCUCCUCGAACCAGAAAUCCUACCAUGCCUACCAUGGAGCAGCAUACUUCUAUGACGAUGAAUAGUAAUGCUAUUACUUCAAACAAUGUAUUGGGGCCAAUGUAUUCAGAGCCGCAAGAAAUCGAGAGGCAAGAUGGUAAUCCUCUUAAUUUUGAUUUCUUGGAUAACAUUGAAAGUACUGCAUCAGAUUUGUUGAAUUUUGACCAAGUCAUGCAAGGACCACCAUUCCCUAUUUUAGAUGACAUGGACAUAUUAGGCAAAUAAACAAUUUCAAUGAGUUUUUGGUGCAAUAUAUACAAUUCAUAAAAUUAUCCAUAUUUGUGUUUGUAUUUAACUGCAUAAUUUUGUAUUCUUCUUUUAAUCCUGUUUUUUAAAAGUACAGAUGUGAAGUUUUUAGGUAUUUCAUAUUUUUUCAUUAUUAUGCAAACUAGAACCAACUGCCAUUUUGUAUGUAAUUUUAUCAUUGAAAUCUGUAUCUAUAACUCUAGAUUACUAUUCAAAAUUGAAUCAAAUUAGCAACACCAUUUCCUUGAACUAGAUUUAAAACAUCUUCACGAUCAAAAAAUAAAUAUAUUCUUAUUGAACAAAUAAGUGGGCAUUAAACAUCUUUUCGAAAUGCUGUAAAAUUUCUACAGAUUUGAAAGAAAUCGCAGUUUGAUGUGAUCAUAUAAUACAUCAUUUAUUUACAUCUUAUAAUUUAUACUCAUGUACACAAAUUCAAUGAAAACAGAAAUAAAUUCUUGAUAAAUACAGAUACAAAACAGUUUUAACACAUAAAAAGAUUUUGUUCAUGCAGUUAUUGUUAUAUGUUUCAGCAUAAUAGAUAAUUAUCGUUUUCACAGUUAGGGACAAGGAAUGUAAUGAUUAAAUUUUUAAAAAUGCAGAAGUAAAGAUUUAGAUAAGAUUUAUUUAUUUAUUGUUUUUUGGGGGGAGGAGGCAGGGGCUGCUCACUACAAUUGUUUUAUCUCUAAUUGUCCAAAAGAAUGUUUGCAUGAGUUUUUAGAAGUAUUUUCUGAAAAAUGAUUUUAUGAAGGAAAAAAAUUGUUUAAUAUAAAAGAAACAGAAGAAGGAAAUAAUUUAAUAUUGAAUGUGAUGAGUAGAUUUCAUGAUUAUUGUUAAGUUCUAUAUUAUUUAUUCAGAGGUUAAAAGUCUUGUUAAAUUCAAUUGGAAUACAUCCAAUUACAGAGUUAAAAUUUUAGAGUGACAUCUUGCAGAAACAAUUAUAUCUCAAAUGUUUUAUUUUAAAGUUGGUUCCCACUUGCAUAAUUACAUCCUAUUACUUAUCUUAAAUUUUAUCUAAAAAGGGUAUUUUUCUUAUUUUAAAAUUAUUAAAGAAUACAGUAUAUUUAAGAUUUAACAGGUUAUUUCCUAAAACAAUUGCAUCAAAAAUGAAAGAAAACAGUUAUACAUGAAAUUUGCUAUGUAGAUUUUAUGAGUUUUUCAUCACUGUUGAAAGCAAUUAGCCCAAUGUUAAGGAUUUAGUGAAAUAAAUCCAGUAACUUAUUAUUUGAAAUUUCCAGGGAGUGGUCAUUUUUGUGACUAAUAGACUUAUAUAGUAUAUUUGUUCUAAAGUUUUGAAAAUUAAGAGAUAUAAUGAAGGAAUUUGGCAAAUAAUUACAUUUAUGAGAGCAGAAGAAUAAUAUGUUUAAAUGAUAUAAUGUGAAAUCUUAUCUAUUUUAUUUUUUGGUGCUAUUACUUAUAAAUUCAAAUUCGAUAUAUUCAGUAAAUUUUUGCUAUGUUAUUACUACUCCUUGUUUGUUCUACUGAAAUAACAAGAAAUCAUAAAACAGGAUAUUUUAUGAAUAAUUAACUCAUUCACACAAUAAAUUUUCAUAAAUUCUGUAUUGCUGAAUUCAUCUUUUGUUGAACAAAUGCUCCGAGUUUCUGUGGUUCAGAUGAUUCAUGUACUGAAAAAAGGAUUUUUUUUUUAAUUUGUAAUUGUAGGAGGCAGUGAAAGUUUAAUUAAUUUCUUAAAAAUUGUCAUGUAUUUUUAGGAAUUCUUUUUUUUUUUUUUUUUUUUUUAAUCUUUAAUACAAACUCUUCCAUUGAAAUAGCAUUUUUCUUGUUUAAUUCUAUAUGUGUAUUCUAAAGUACAUAUGCUAAAAUAAAAAGUCCUGUGAAUCAAAAAUUGUUAUGAGAAUUUUGUAAAUGGCAAAAAUAGAAUUUGAUAAUUUUAUAUUUUAAUCUAUAGCAUUUCUUGAUAGUAGUUUAUAAUUGUUGGUUUGCAUGAUACUUUUUUUUUUUUUUUU